AUGCCUUUGGUAACCGAAGAGUUGAAAUCCAAAGCAGAGGUGUACUACGGUGACAAACUUUGCAGGGAGAAAUUCUCUCUAUUGCUGGCAGAAAAAGGUCUACCAGAUGGAUUGUUAACCAUACAAGACAUUGAAGAAUGUGGACAUGUGAAGGAAAUAGGGUUUGUUUGGCUCAAGCUAGGGAAGAAGAUGGAGAGUAAGUUUGAUAACAUAGUUGUUGGUUAUGAUUCGGUUGUUACUGCUUAUAUGGAACCAAACAAGAUCAAGAAUCUUACUGGUGUUAGGGCGAGAGAUUUCUUGGUUUGGUUCACUUUGAAUGAGAUUUAUGUUAAGCCGGUUAAAGGAGGAUCGUUUGUUACGUUUAAGUCUUUGGUUGGUUUGUCCAUGUCUUUUCCAGUAUCGUUGUUCCAAGGUAGGAAGUUGGUAAGCAAUGAAGAUCAAAUCGUAGUUAAUUAG